AGUGGCGUAACCUAGCAGCAUAGUACUCACCCACUUAAUUCAUUUAUUCAUUCACACUUUACAAUACUUCCUAUUUUCCCAAAGGUCGAAAAACAAAGUAAUGGCCAUUCAGUUCUGCGAAGACUGUGGGGAUACGCUUCCGAUCUCCGUCAAGAGAGAAGUCCCAUGUGACUGUUGCGGCAAGACAAAUCCAAACCUAAUUCUUAACAAAACGACAGUCACCACAUCCUCUGCUUUCCCAUCGAAGCUUCGCUCUCAGCUAUCUCUAAUUGGGUCAAAACAAGUGACCUCUAAGUUGGGGUGGCCUGUUAUCAACGAGCCUUGUGAAAAGUGUACCGCGAAGGAAACAAGCUAUACCACCUUACAAUUAAGAGGUGCAGAUGAGGGAACAACUGUGAUUUAUUAUUGCCAUCAAUGUGGUCAUCAACGACAAGAGAACAACUAAGUAGCUUGGAUGACCGGAUUACUCCAAUAAGCCAGCCUCUCGUCGUUGUGAGCCUUGGCUAUUCCCAAAAAUGUAUCCAAUGCCGGCACACUUCAGAUUCAGUUCUAGUUAAUAGGCGGUAUCCCAUGGAUACCACCGUAGAUUGGUAGAUAGAUGUAGAUAGG